AUGAACCACGCAUCGGAUUAUCGGCCUCUCCACGGAGAUCAGCAGUAUUGGCAGAUCGCAGAUGAUGGCCAGAGCCAGCCCCAAGGCUAUCGUCGUAAUGACGAGAGCCCGCCAGUCUUCACGGAUGACCGUAACCGCCCAGAUGUCUUUCGGAAUAUCGACGGUGACUCGCAGAAAGUUACGGGUAACGAUCAGAACCAAACAAGAGGCUCUUCUAGCACUGUCAAGAAUCCGGAACCCGAGUCAACCGCUCAACAGCAGCCGAGUCGUCUGGGCUGGCUCGCCAAGCUCAGCAUUUUCACGUCACUGCUGACCCUGGCAAUCGCUUUCGUCCUUCUCUCCUGGCUUUGGUGGACACCAAGGGAAGACGCGGCGUGGCGCGCCUGGGUGGUCGUCCCGAACCGCCUCCAAUUGACCAUCACACUCGCCAGUGUGUGCAUCCGGACCGCCGUCGGUAUCCUGACGUCAAUCUCGACGGCCAUGAUCGCUUCCGUCGCAGUCGAGACGGGCGGCGUCCAUCUCCCAGACGUGGCACAAGUUUCCAUCACUCGGUUUUCCAGCAGCGGUCCUCUUUCCCUGGUCCUAGUUGGACUUCGGGGUUCAUUGGCCGAGAGGCGAAUGCGCUUCCUGCUCACGCUCCUCGUCAUCACAACGUUUGCUGCUCAAUUCAGCUCAACCAUACUUCUUUCGGACCUCGAAACACGCCGGAUUUCUUCCUUUCCGGCGGAAACCCCUAAUUAUUUCGGAUUUGGCGAUCGUGGCGUCCCUGAUGCGUUUAGAGAGAUCGCACGUCAGGACGGGAUGUACGGCAGUUUUCGUCGAAGACCACUUUCUCCGAUAUUUGCGGAAUACUCUCUGCCUGGCAUCGCUGCAAGUGGGGUGGAUGAUACUGGCCUUAAUGUCAGAGCAUUUCUUCCAUUCCCUUCCGUGGAGGAACGCGAAGCUAUCAGCAAGUUCACUGGCAUGUCCCAUGUCUUUGAUUCACGGGUCAUCUGUACAGCCCCGAAAGUCGAAAACCUCGACAUCGAUACCUUGGACAGAAUAGGCCCCGGCAACAAAACCGUGAAAGUGGCACUACACUCUCUCGCCCAGGUGCAAGCGCCUCCCCUAGCUACUCACCUUGAAGUUGCUGCUUUUAAGUGGUGA